AUGGUUACAGAAAUGACGACUACUAGCAGCCACAACCCCUCUGCGAAUCCCGAAGCGCAUUUUGCCGCUCUCCACAUCAACUUCCACACAACCAUUUCCUUCAACCCAACCUUUACGCCAAUCACGCUGAAGUGGGACAACCCCUUGCCGCUAGUCACCCCCUCCCCCGCCCCACACCACUGCCCCGCACUGGCCGCCAUGCCAAUCAUCUCCGCUGCCCUUCCACCCGCCGUAGCUCCCUCCGCCGAUCGCGCCGAUCCCGUUCCCGCGCUUCCGCCCACGGUGCCAUCCCGCCUCCAGCAGCGGUUGUCCGCGCUCGGGCAUGGCGCAGCCAGCAGCACCUGCCUGGCGGAAAUGCGCGCUCUUUCCCCCCCGCGCGCUUCCUGCUCAGACGACGCGCUGCUGCGCCACAGCGCGGGUUCGGAGCAGGUCGGCGGAGGGGAUCGGGGGGGAGCGGGGGAGCUGGGGAACGAAGCAGAGGGAGGGGGAGUGGUGAUGGUGGGAAACGGAGUGGUGGUAGAUGUAGAGCGGUUGAAAGCGGCUCAAUACGAUGCAUGGAUGCUGAAGCACCCUUCCGCGCUCGUGAGUUUCGACCGCCUAGCGGCGCUAAUGGAGGGGCGGCAGGUCGCGGUGUUCCUCGAUUACGACGGAACGCUGUCCCCGAUAGUGGACGACCCCGAUAAGGCCUAUAUGAGCUCCGCGAUGCGCGCGGCAGUGCGCGGCGUGGCGGCGCAUUUCCCCGCGGCGAUCAUCAGCGGGCGCGGGCGCGAGAAGGUGCUCUCGUUCGUUCAGCUGCCCGAGCUUUACUACGCGGGCAGCCACGGAAUGGACAUCAUGCUGCCCGCGUGCAAAAAGGGAGAGGAGGGAGAGGCGAACGGAGAAGGGGAAGAGGGCGGGGACGCGGAAGGGGACGGGGCAGGCGCAGGGGAAGAUGGCAGAAGGGGGAACGGAGGCGGGAGCAAGGGCGUGCGCGUGCAGGGGGCGCAGAGCGUGGACGAGAAGGGGCAUCAAGUGGUGCUGUUUCAACCCGCCAGCCGGUUCGCAGGCCUCAUGAAUCAGGUGUGCGAUGAGCUGAGGGAGCGGUUGAAAGCGGUGCAGGGGGCGCACGUGGAGAACAACAAGUUCUGUGUCAGCGUGCAUUUCAGGCGCGUGCCUGAGGAGCUAUGGGAGCAGCAGGCGGAGGUGGUGACGCAAGUCGUGGCACAGCACCCAGAGCUGCGCACCAGCCAUGGCAGGAAGGUGUUGGAGAUCCGGCCAGUGGUGGACUGGGACAAGGGCAAGGCCGUCGCCUACCUUCUCACCACCCUUGGGCUGAGUGGGGACGACUCAGUGCUGCCGGUGUACAUUGGGGAUGACCGCACCGAUGAGGACGCCUUUAAGAUGCUACAGGAGCGGGGGUCGGGGUGUGGCAUCAUAGUGUCAGCAGCACCCAAGCCCUCUGCUGCCACUUUCUCUCUUAGAGACCCCUCUGAGGUCAUGGCUUCAGUUUCUUGUUAUCUACCCACCGCUUCUGGCAUCACGGCUUCCCAUGAACACGUUCGCGCAGCGAGACUGGCCACGUCCGUUCGGCCACAUCUUGGCAUCGCGCCUUUCCGAAUCGCUAGCGCCCCGCGUGUGGCAAGUAGACGAUCAGUGGCGGCGAGGCCGCUGCUGGUGGUGGCGUCGGCAGCUACUGAGACGAAGACUUCAGGGAAGCUUGAGUGGAUAAACAAGCGAAGCUUCCUUGUGAAGAACAAGGUGGUUGGCGUGUCGCCCGCGGAAGCCGUGCGCCUGGCGAAGGAGGAGGGCCACGUCAUCAUUGACGUCAGAACGGUGGCGGAAUACAACGAGGUGCACCCCGAGGGCGCGGUGGGUGUGGAAUUCUACCGGCUGAUCAAGGAGUGGACGCCGUACCAUGUGCUGCGCCGCGCCGCCUUCGCCUUCUUUGGCGUGCUCAACGGCACCGAGGAGAACCCCGACUUCCUCGCGCAGGUGCAGGCAGCGGUACCAGACAAAGAGACCCCCAUCAUCCUGGCGUGCAUGCCGGGCGGCACACUAAAGCCCACUCAGAACUUCCCAUAUGGCAAGGAAUCGAGGUCUUUAAACGCGGCUAAUGUACUCGUGAAGAACGGAUAUAAGAAUGUUCGCCACAUUGAGGGUGGGCAAUACUACUGCCCCGAUUCUAAAAUCCUCUCACAUCAGCACAACUUAACGUUACCGGUUCUCUCCGCGACUCUCGAUCUGAUCGCCAUGGCUCGUCUCAGCGACAGCGCCGCCAAGGCCUUAUUCCUCCUCGCCUGCAUCGCAGCUGCGCUGCUGCUCUCCGCCCCUGCGCGCGGGGCCGCCGCGGCUGCCGACGCUGCGAAACCCGCCAACGCCAGUGCUGGAAACUCGACAGCGAAACCCGCUAACGCCACUGCUGCCAAGCCUGCUAACGCAACUGCUGCGAAACCCGCAAACGCGACCGCGACUGCCGGCAACGCGACUGCUGGCAACGCGACUGCCGGGCAUGGGAAAGAGGCUCUGGCGGGAACGGCGAAGCUGAGCAAGAGCGGGGGCGUGGGGAACGCGACGUCGUGCGAGUAUUACGGCAACUACACCAGCAACCCGUACUUCGGCAAGGGGCUCACCGCCACGCUGCCGCCCGAGACGUGGUUCAAGCGGUGCGGCGCGUGCUACCUCGUCAAGUGCGCCAACGACACGAAGCGGUGCCACGGAGACAAGGCGGCGGUGACGGUGCGCGUGGUGGGCGAGAGCAAGGCGGCGAAGCAGCUGUCGCUGUCGCGGGUGGCGUGGGGCAAGAUCGUGAAGGGCGACGAGGCGAGCCCCGUGAACAUCACGUACAAGCGCACGUCGUGCGUGUCUACCGUGGGCUCCGCCGUGCGCGUGCGACGCGACGCGACGGCCGACAAGUUCAAGAUCCAGCUGGUGGGGCUAGCGGGCCCCGGCACGCUGUCGCAGGUGGAGCUGAGCGCGGACGGCAGCAAGUGGGUGAACCUCACGCGCGACGGCAUCAAAGCCGUGUGGGUCGUGGAGGGCGCGAACGCCAAGCAGGUGGUGGGUGCCAAGAAGGCCAUGAGCGUUCGCCUCACGGCGCCGCACACGCUCGAGAAGAUCACCCUCGACAAAGUGAUUCCCCCCAACUGGAAGGCCGCUGGGCUGUACAGCUCCAAGGUGAACUUCAAGCAGGUGCUGCCCAAGGGCACCACUAGGAAGAGCAAGUAG